AGGGUGCUCUCUCCACAGAACCCAAGAGAAGACUCUGGACAGAUAGAGCUGCACUUCCCCUCACCCCGUGCUCCUCUGCCAUUGCGCCAGCUGUGAGGCAGGACCCCCAAAGGCGGAUCCAUUGACCAUUCAGGAGAGUCUAGUGCAAAUACUCUGAGGUUUUCUUGGCGAAACUCCCAAAUUUGAAUGGGAUUCUCACACUUGAGUUCCAAAAAACAAGUGUUUUUUUUAUAUAUAUGCUCUGCUACAGCCCUCAAAUAGUGACUGAAAAUCGUAUCUAUCAAUGUCCUGGGACCAAAGUGUUUGGAAACUGAAGCAGAGGGUUCAUGAGCCGAGUUUCAUCAAAUGACUCACAGAAUGAAUUCCCUUUUUCUGAUCAAAAGACCGGUCCAUAUGUAAGAGAAAGCUUAGAAGAGAUCCCAGUUCAGUCAGAAAUCCAAGGCACAAAUAGAAUGGCAGAGCCUCAUCCCAGCUGAUGAACAGUAUGACCCCAGUUACUCGACAACAAGUUCUUGGCCUUUACCGCAAGAUAUUCCGAAUAGCCAAAAAAUGGCAAUCGGCAUCAGGACAGAUAGAAGAAACUAUUAAAGAGAAAGACUACAUUAUCAAUGAAGCCCAAACAUUAUUCCGAAAAAACAAAAAUGUAACAGAUCCAAAGUUGAUUAAGCAGUGUAUAGAAGAAUGUGAGGCAAGAAUAGAAAUCGGACUUCACUAUAACAUCCCCUACCCAAGGCCUAUCCAUCUACCUCCUAUGGGUCUUGCCCAUAAACAAGGCCGUAUGUUGCGACACCAGGAAAAGUUAAGGAAGAUUUCUAAGCCAAUAUACCUGAAAUCCCAUGAUGAAGUUUCAUAACCCAUUAUUUAAGAUGCGAUGUGUAAUCACAUCCUUCAAACUGUGGACUGCAAUCCAGGUGAUUUGUGUGCACAACUGUGAAUGAAGCUGUUUGGUCACUUGCUCACACAUUUCCGGAGGCCAAAAAGCUAUGAUACACUGUACAUGAUUGAUAAGGUUGGUCUAGUAUUUAUUACAUUUCAACCACUGACUCGUCAAUAAAAGUAACACUUUUCAAGGAGUGAGGUGUGAUAUGAGAUUACUUUGACAUCAGGAAAAUUACAGCAGGUUUUUAAACUCUGUUGAUUUAUAUCAAGGUUCCCUGGUGGUUUGAGAAUUAUAUAUGCUCAAUUGUGAUUCAGGGCAGUGCCUUGUCUAAGGGUCAGCAAAAAUCAAGAAAGUCCAGGAGAAUCAAGCAGACACUGCACCUUCAGAGCUUCCAAAUGCAGGUGGGAAUACAGUGACUGCUUUAUGCAACUGCACUCCUUCCUCUCUUGUCCCUGCUCUGCCUAUUGUCCCUGAAGAAUCAUUUCAGUUUCAUAGUAUUCUUAUAGUGAAGUAUUGUUUCUAAAGGGACAGUAGCAAGGAGACAUCAGAAAUGCCACAAGUCCUCCUUUUUCCUUUUUGCAAACUGCAGGGGAGUGGCCUAGAGCCUCUAUGUCAGCUUUUUUUAUGGUUUCCCCCUGCUUCCUUUGGACAGGGUGUGGAUGUGAAAUGCAAAGUUUGGAAUGCCAUUACACAACUCAGAGUAAAACAUUCCAGUGUUGGGUUCCUCAGGUUCCCAUGUAUGGACUGACUGAAAACUCUCUCUUCAGGGUAUCACUAUGGAAGCCAGUUAAGGUGCUUUGGGUAUCUUCACCGUGCAUUUUUACAUGCUACAACUCUCUCUUCUGUCUCUUAAGUUUGAGGGGUAUUUUUGCUUUGCAGGUGCCUCAUGAAUGGAAGUGAAAUUAAAUUAAUUGCCCCAGAAAUUAAAUUAACUGGCCACCAAAUGUUUUGGCUCCUUUUCAGUGCUCUGGCUUUACCAGGCUGUUUACAAAUUCUCUUCAGAAAAGUUAGGCUAGAAGUACCAAUGAAACCAAGCUGUGGACAAGAGCCACAUUCUACUGGGAGACUAUAUAUGCGCAGCCCACAGCUGUGUUAAGGGCAGAGGGUAUGAGCAGCAACCCAUUCCAGCCAGAAGUUAAGGGUGGCAAAAAAGCAGAUUUGAAAAUGCAGUGUACAUUAUUUCCUAUUUAAAUGGGCAAAACCAAUGAAGUAUCAUUUUCUGAGCUCUCCAACUCCUCCUAAACUCUCCAAGCCCUAAUAGAAAAUGGCAAAGAAAUAUUCCUGUCUACCUUAAAAAUAAGUUAAAACUGGUCAUGUGCAGAACAGAAUGACAGUUCCUCCCCCAAGAAUGUACUUUUCAGAGUGGGAGAAAAAUACAAGCGGAUGAGAAAGUACAAGGAAACAAUGAGAAGAGCGAGUCAGCAUGACAGGUACUGGCUAGCCCAAUUUCUCACUACCCUUUAUGGCUCCAAUCCACAAAGGUACCUAUUCCCAUAUAAUUAUUUCCUGGGAAUACCUCCUGUGGGAAGUAUCAUGUAAAAUGCCAUUGUUCUGCCUGUCAGUGGGAGCUUUGCAAAUUUACUGCUGCCAGGAAGACACAAAACAAAACUCCUUUAGCUGAGGAAAAGUGGGAUGGAACAAAGACAGUAAAAAAUAACAUGAUUAUACACACUGCUUAAUCCUUCAUUGAAACAAGUCCAAAUACAGUCUUUUCCUAUCCUCAUAGAGACGUGUCAAGUGAGCCAAAGAAAAAUGUGCAGAGACAAGGGUUUUGAAUGGAAGCUUAGGCUCAUUCUUUAUCAUUAAGGUAUCAUUCUGAAUCUUUCAAAUUGUUAAAAUUCACGUGGCUAAUGAAGGUACUGAUGCUGUGACUAAUCAGGUGAAUAAACAGCUAUGUAAAUGAGCACUGUAAAUUUACUGUCUGUAUUAUAGUCACAACUCUUUGCUGAGCACAUACCGCAAGACAUAGAUUAAUUUCAAGAGAACAUCCCUAAAGUUACAGAAGAUUCACACUGAAUUGAAAUAACAAGAUGAGUUCAUUUCUGAAGGGAAACAUAAAUAAGCAAUUUUUAAAAGUCUCAAGUAGCCUUAAGUAGCUCAAAUGAGUAUCCACUUCCUUGACCAAAAAGCCAGUAAACUGAACUGCAGUAACAGCAUCAUAUUAUUUGAGAUGCUUUCAAAUGCUAGAUAGCCUAUUUUUCAAAAUAAGUAUUUGAGAAAUUAUUAACUAGUGCCUGAUCUUCAUUAUGUUCCAGCACCAGAAGGCAAAGACUGAAAUUUCUUAAAACCUCAAGUCUGUUCAGCUAAAGGAAGGAUUAGAUCAGCUCUUUUGUCAACUCUGGAGAGCAAACCCCUUUUUUUCACAGUUUAAGUUAAACUCUGUACGGCAAAGAAAAUCUGCCUUAAAGAGAGUGCUUUGGUUUUAGAGGUCAAACUGGCAAACUUUCAUUUUGAGGGAGCUUCAUAAAAAGAAUUUCAUCUGCAGCUCAGUCCAGUGGGUAGGCGGAUGUCUGAACUGGUACUCAUUGUAUUCAUUUCCAAAGACCAUAUAACUGCUGUCAAGAAGUAUCCCAAUGAUGGUGCAAUAUAUCAUUCCUACACAUUAAUUUUACUUGCAAAAAUAUGUUGGCCAAUAAUGCCUCUGAGUUCUUGAAAGUUUGUAAUGCACUGGAUUCAACCAGUCAGUGUACACUCUGUCCUGUACUUCCUUAACUUUGUCCCACUUUCGUUCCAGAAAAUACUGUCUCUUUCCAGUUUAUCACACUAGUCAAGAGAUGCUUUAGAAUAACUUAGAAUAAGAAGAUGGCAGUAACUUUAUAUUCUUUAGAAAUAAAAAUCCUGGGUCAGUUGCAUGAACUCUCCCGCAAGUUAACCGGUAGCAACACAGUAGUAAUUUGUUAACAUGCUAUCUAUCUGGCCUUGAAUAUCUAAAUAACACCUCCUUUCUGGAUAUUCUGUCCCUAACUCCUAAUUUAUGAACCCAUGCACUUAUGAAACCAAAUUAACACUAACAUUAGCAAGCACAUAGUCAUUUAAGAAGAUGGAGUUGAUACCUGCUUACUGAAUGUACCCCCUCAAUGUUACCUAGGGGUGAGGAAACACUCAUGAAGUUGCAGCAGUGAUCCGAUCUGUUCCAAGGGAAGUAUCAUCAAACUGAAACACGUUAAGAGGGGUUAGGUUAUCAUCUCAUCUAUCUUCCCACAAAUACGAGUCUGUUCUUGUAAUACCUUUUACAUCUAGAGAAAUAAGGCAACCUGGACCUUACUCCCUUGGGGCCCUACAAUGUAUCCAUCAGAAAUUAUAUCAGUAACAUCCAUCUUUUAUCCACAGACAGAAAGAUCACUUAUUUGAUCAUACCUAUAAACUCAUUUUCAAGAUUUCUAAUUACAGGAGAGACCCACACUUCUCACUAAUUUUUCUAAUCCUAUUAGGCAAACCAUUCUAGCUUAUAGGAACUCUUAAGUAGAAGAAUCCUUUGUAUUGUCUUUCACUUUUUCAUUGUAUAAUUUUCCCUUUAACAGCCCAACGGUGCUAAAAUCAAGAGAGAUAGUACUUUCUGUUCCUGAAAGGGAUUUUUGUACAGAUGAGAUAAGAGAAAGGAAAUGUACUAACCCUAUCUGUCUUACAGCAUCUCUAGCUGAAAAUCUGUCUCUGCUCUAAGGAAACAUCUCUUGCUCUGUAAUAUCUGUAUACUGCAAUUUUUCCAUCUGCUUUGAGUUAUUAGCAAGGCUGUAAAUAUAUGAUUUGCUGUAAUUGCAGGUGGUUUUUUGUGGUUUGUUUAAUGAGAGCUUCUAAUUAAGAAAUGGAAAUACUAAACCUGUAAAGCCAAGAAUUCUAAUAUUAUUACAAGGUACUUUAUUUGCCCAAAAAUUUUCUACACUUUUAUCAUGUCUAACUAACAGCUGAGUUGCUUUUUAUUUUAUUUUUAAUGCAUCUCAGCCAAAAAAGCUUGUGAAUUCCAAUGUUUAGCCAGCUUAUCAUUCUUCAGGAACGUCUAGACAGUGCUCAGGAAAUAAGGUCAGGAAGCUCAUUUCAAAGAACCACAGAAAAAUAUCUCUAAGACAGAUAUCCCUCAACGGUAAAUUCCAUUACUUUUUCUCUAACAGUAAGGGCAGUCCAGGAAAUCACAUACUUCAGUGACCAUCAACUAAAGAAACAGCCGUGCCUGAUCCCUGGUGAAAGGGCAAGCAACAGAUGCAUGAAGAUACAGACUUCUCUCCUAUCUAUAUCUGUUGGUCACACCUAAAAAAGCUUGAAAUACAUUUUUAAUUACAUUCUAAGAGACGUCUUCAUCUCAAAUCUAACAUUAACACAGAAGAAGCAUUUAUAAAAUCAACACAGUAAUAAGGACACUGCA